AUGGUUCAAAUCACCGCAAUCACCUUUGCCGCUGCAGCUCUCUUUGCUGGCGCCAACGGUGGGGCCGUGGAUGCCGGCCUCGAGGCUCGCAAAAAUGGCCACUGCCCGGUCGGCGUUGUCCGGGCCUGCGGCUGGUUCCUUUUGAACCCCGAGACUAGCUCCUGUAUUACUGUGAAAUACCAGACCACUCUGAACCUUGACCCGAGAACCAAUUUGUGGACGCGAUCUACGAGACCGACCCUGAUGGCAUCGUGA